AUGUUUGAGAAAAACGAAUUUCUCAUAAGCGAGAAUUCAGCGCAUGAAUUUUCUCAAAAUGAAUCAUCUUUUGAAAACAAAAUAUUUCAACUUUACAAUUAUUUUGGAACGAUUUUCAGCGCAAAGCAUAGACAAAAUUUCAGCAGAAAGGGGCAAAUUAUUAUUGAAUUAAUUAUCAAUAUAAUUAUUUCUCUCCAAAUGAAUUCUUUAUGCUGAUAUUCUGAUAUGAAAAUAUCCAAUUGAGAUAAUUAUAAAUAUUUUUGAGAAUUUCUAGGGUAUUUCAACAUCGAAAGUUUUUGUGACUGAAUAGGGAUUUUCAAUAUUUGCUUUUACGGAGCUUUUUCUCUUCUAUCUUAUGUAUUUUUGAGUAUAUUUCUGCUAGGAGUUUUAAAGCUCUACUGGAAAAAUACUCCAAAGUACAUAGUCAUUUUUUCUAGAAAAAUCAUAUAUCCACUAACAAGCUUGAUUUUUAUACCUCUAAUGAUGAUUUUGAUCGAAACCUUUAAAUAUUCAGUAAAUAUUCAACCUAAAAAAACAAAAUAUGGAAGUGACUCACAUGAAGAAAAAACAGGUGCAGGCUAAAUGGCUUUGCCUUUUGAUAGUGUCCAUUUCACCGAAAAAUUUUUGGCCGAAAAUUGAUCGAAAAUUUUUGAUAGUGAGACAUUUGACCGAAAAAAAAACCAUUAAUUUUCUGCCAAAUGUCCGCACUAUCAAAAAUUUUCGACCAAAAUGGAUUUCGAUGAAAUAUAUACUGUCAAAAAUCCACGGUCAUUUGAUAUGGAGCCGAAAAAACAGCUGAUUUAGGAGGUUUUGGAGUAUUUUUAAGUAUCUCAUAUUUUAUACUUCUAUUGGUUUUUGUUUAUGGCUACGAAUUAUUCACUGCCGAUGUUAAUCAUUCAAAUUCACAUAAAAAUUUUAAAGCUAGGUCUAAAUCUGAUCUAGAUGUUUUUUUAAUUUUUGUUUACGCACUCAUGUGUGCUAUUUAUUACUCUUUCAGCACAGACACAGCGAUUUAUUUACAAAUUUUCCAAGUUUUAAUUUCAAUUUUAGUAACUUAUUUAUUUAUCUCAACUUUACCCUAUUAUGAUCCUUUAGAAAACUCAAUUCAAUCAUGCAAGCUUUGCACUUUAGGGGUGACUUCUUUAUCAUUUAUUUUUGCCAAGUUCGCAGAUGAUGCUUCUAUAACUGUGAUUUUUUUUCUUUUUUUGCAACCAAUUAUUAUGCUUUUGGUUGUGAGGAGGGUUGACUGAAAUUCUGCCCAUAUCGAUUUUCGCAUGAAAUAUCAAUGACACUUUGAACUGAAAAUAAGAAAAUUAUUAAUAAAUUAUGAAGAAAGCAAUAGAGAUGCAAUUUUUGAGAUGUUUUCAGAUUUUCAAAAGGACUUUACUAUCAAGAAAACAGAUUUAUUUGGAAUAUGAGAGACAAAUUUUUGUUUACGCACUCUUAAAGAUGUAAGGCUGGGAAGAGUAAAGCUGCUAAAAAUUAAAGAAUUCUACCCAACGAUAGAAGGAGGCAUCCAGAAAUGGAGAAUCGACAAAAUUAUUAAGAAAGAAAAUUUAUCUGACAUGAGAUAUAUUCAGUAUUUAUACUUCUUUUCUUGGAGUGGCGCUGCAAGCGCAGGCCACUCCAUGUGGAAUUCCUGUGUUGGUUUAGCCAACAUAGGAGUUGGUCGAACCAAAACUGUGUGUUGGUUCGACCAACCCAUGAAUUCCGCAUGGAGUGGCCUGCGCUUGCAGCGCCACUCCAAGGAAGUUUCUAUAAUUGAUUUUGGAAAUGUUAAGUCUUUUGAUAAAGAGCUAUGCUAUAUGUUUUUGGUUUUAUGGGAUGAAAUCGCUUCAAGACAUCCUGAUUUCAAUAAGUUGAUGGAUUUAGUAAAAAAAAUAUCUGAUAACACAGAAAAAAUAACUUCCCUUUAUAGCUCACUUAUAGGGAAAUACCGUAAUUUUGAAGUAUUUGAUUUUUACAGCAGUUUCUUAGAUAAUCUGCUUGGCGAUUAUGAGGAAGCUAUGAUAAUAAAUCGAAAAAAAAAUGCUCUCCAUAUUAUGGAUACAGUAAAUGAUUAUUAUAAAAUCGAUAUUUUCGGGCCUUACACUUGCGUUUUUUUGAUUUCUCUAAAUAGAAAUUCAUUUGGUUGCAUAACUUCUAUGAAUGACAAAACGAAACAAUUUUUAGGGAUCCCAAGCUAUAGCAGAACUGAAUAUAAUUUUAUGGACUUUAUUCCUUGGCCUUACAACUUGCAUCAUACUGAAUAUAUGAAACAAUUUUAUGACUCUUGCUCAACUACAGCGAUUCCACUUCCCGAGAAAUUUUUCAUUCAAGAUUAUCAAGGAUUUUUAUUGGAAUGUAAAAUCAGUGCUACGCUGACUACGGCAAAUGAUGAUGCUUAUGUGCUGGUUUUACUUUUGCCAUCGAAUUCAUCAAGACAAGUGAUUUUACUAUCAGAUGAAAUGAAUAUUUUAAGCUACUCUAUAUUGGUGCCUGGGCUAUUUAAUUCCAAUAAAAAAACAAUUCACAAAGGAGCAUGCAUCUUAGAUUAUUUACCUCAAGUUUCAAAAUGAUCACAUAACGAGCCUCAUUUCAGCUUAUUUAAUGGUAGAAUGCUGAUAUUUUACAUUAUUGAUAUCACUUUUAAGUCUUCUAAGCUUCAUCUUAUAGCGAUUUUUCAUGACAGCGAUGAAAUUGAGCUGGUCAGAAAAGGCUUCUCAUAUCAGCGAAUGUCAAGCAUUUCAUAUAAUGAAGGAACUAAUAUCCCAAAAGACAUGCUAGCAAUGAGAGAAAAAGUAAUACGUGAUUUUAAAGCGGAGGAAGACAAUAAAUAUCACAGAAAAAAUUCAAUAAAAAUUCAUAGCUCAAAUGAUAAGGAAGACGCUGAUGAUGGAGGUGAUAUAGUCUUGUCAGGAUCUCGAAAUCAGUUAUUAAGUGUUUCUUCAAGCUCUAAAGGUAAAGAAAUUUCCAAAAAUUUUUCAAAAGGCACAGAAAAUUCCUUAAAGGUAUUCAAAUAUGUGGUAUUUUUUUCCAUUAUUGCUAUGAUUAUUACAAAUGUUUCAAUACUUCUCGUGGUUGAAGGAACAGUUUCGCACGAAGUUUCUUUAGGAACUAUUGGACAUUUAGGUGAAAUUUUAUUUCAAAUAAGCUCUUACUCUGAGCUUGUGCGCACUUUGGAUGCCGAAGUUGCGGAUAAAAGAUAUAACAUUUCUCGCGACUUGCCUUUAUUUACUAACGAAAUUGGUUAUUUAGCAGAUUUAAAAAGCACAAUUUUAUCGGAUUACGAUUAUUGAAGUUACUGCUCCAGUUCAAAAAUUGUUAAAGAAAAUCUUAUUCCUAUGUGAUUUUUUAAUACUAAGACUCCUUAUAUGAAAAAUCUUAAUCUUUAUGACACAAUUGGAGAAUUUAUUGCGCAUGUAUUUUUUAUUUAGGGAUAUAGCUUUAUAGAUGCAAUUAAUACAAACUCAGAUUAUCAUCCUGAUUUAAGUUUUCUAGUUAUAAACAGUUUGACAUUUACAUAUGAGUAUAUAAGCAAUUCUUUAAAAGAUCUAGAAAACUGUGAAGUUGAUAAGAUUAUUUCGGCGAGCUUCAGCAUACAUGCUUUAUUAAUACUUGGUAUAUUUAUUAUUGUAUGUUGUGCUGGAGUUAUUUUAUAUUUCGCAUUUUCUAUUCAAAAGCAAUAUGAUGAGUUUUGAUACCAUAUAAGAAGAAUUACUGUAAACUCUUAUGGGAUUUUAAAAGACUCAGCAAUAGAAAGACUGGCAACUACUUUUGGAGUUUUAGAUAUACCUCCUACAGAUAUACAGCCAAAGCUUAAUAAAAAUACAAUCCGAGUUAUUAGAUCAAGGAUUUUAUAUAAAUACACAAAAAGGCUGCUUGCUUUUGUUAUGAUCUCUUUGUCAUUUUAUUUUUUAAUUUAUUUUUAUUUGUAUGAUAAAUGCGAAACUGAUAUGAAACAUCGUCCGGCUCUUCUUACUCCCCCCCUCCGUGAGUGAACAAAACCAUUAGAAAAAUCCCUAUUUUUUGCCCAAAAACCCACACUCCGUGAGCGAACAAAAAUUUUUUUAAUACAAAAAUUGUUUAUGGAAAAAAAUUUUGAUAUAUAAGUGAUAAUUUUUAUAAUGAAAUCUCAAACAAAUUGCUUUUUAAAACACAAAUUUUAUAAAUUAAAUUAAUAUUUGCUUUUCAGUUUUCGCGAAUUAGGAUUUUUCUAUAAAAUUUAUAUAUAAAUAUUUUUUAAAAAAAAAAAUUAACCCCCGUGAGUCAACAAAAUUUUUUUUAUUCACUCACGGAGGGGGGGUUAGCUAUUUCGUAUACACUAAAGCUUGAAUAUCAAGAAUGGGAUAUUGAGCAAGAGAUGUAAAUAACCCAAGAACAUUAAAAUAUUAUCCGAAUUCAUACGAUUUUAAAAAUCCUGCUUUAAGCUUAAACGAAACUAUAAAAGAUUUAAAAACAAAAGAUUUUGAGCUGCGAAAUAAUGAUUAUAAAAAUUUGAUGUCAGCAAGCUUAAAAGCAAUAAUAUUUGAAAAAACAAAUAAUAAACAAAAUUUUCUAAAGUAUGGAACUUUAUCUGGGCUAAAUUUCAUUAUUCUAGAGUCAUAUUAUAUUGGCAGCCAAAUAAAAGUCGCUGAUUGAGAAAGAUCAGAUUUCAUCGGCAAUUAUAUAGUCCGAGCCUCUUUUACUCGGCUAUCCUGAGUGUCCCGAAAUCGGAAGGGGAGUUGAUGUUACGAACAUUUGUUGGUAAAACCAACUCCCCACCACAAUUCACUCGAUAUUUUAGAUUUUCCAUCAGGGAAGGCGGUUUUACCAACAAAUGUUGGUAGGACCAACUCCCAUCCCAGCAUCGGGAGACCUCGGGAUAGCCGAGCUAAAGAAGGGUCGGGCAGCACGAUUUUGCAGGAUAUGAUUGGGAAUGAAUAUGAUCAAGCUAAUCAAGAUUCAAAAGAUGCCAUAUAUGAUGAGCUAGAUACCUUGAUUUACGUAACUGAAAUUUAUUCUGUCGUGCUUUUUCUUUUGUUUUUUGUAUAUUAUCUUCCUUUUCUAAGAGAUGAAUUAGAAGUUAUCAAAAAAUUGAGAACUUUAAUGACAAUUGUUUACUUAAAAAAAGACCAAGGGAUGUAG